GGGCAGCGUAUCGAUCAAGCGAACAGAGCUUAUCGAUAGCGUCCAAGCUGAGUCGCCGGCGGUCUCCGGGUAACUGUUACCCGGACUAUGUAUAUGCAGUAAUUGUUUGUGCGAUUAUGCCACAAACGCGAGAUUGGUGCGGGCGGCUUUUGGACGCGUUUUGCGCCUCGCUCGAACCUGUCUCCCAUCAACACUUCCUCCACGAGCAACGCGUCUGGUUUUCUUUGCUGGUUUUCACUCAGGCCAUUCGAGCAAGUCUCUUGGUGCUAUUUAUUUGUUGAUAGUGAUUGAAUUUAGUAUUCAGGAGCCAUCGGCACCGAGCAGUAACAGAUGCACAUCAAACAGCUCGUAAUUCAAGGCUUUAAGUCUUACAAAGACCAGACAGUCACCGAUCCGUUUAGUCCAGGACAUAAUGUCAUUGUCGGUCGUAAUGGUUCGGGAAAGAGUAAUUUCUUUGCUGCUAUUCGGUUCGUGCUGAGUGACGCGUACACGCACAUGUCGCGAGAAGAGCGCCAGGCUCUUCUUCACGAGGGCUCUGGCACUGCCGUCAUGAGCGCCUACGUUGAAAUCAUCUUUGACAACUCAGACAACAGAUUCCCUACCGGACAUCCAGAAGUCGCGCUGCGCAGAACGAUCGGUCUCAAGAAAGACGAGUACUCUCUCGACCGCAAAUCCGCCAGCAAAGCCGACGUCAUGAACCUCCUCGAGUCUGCCGGUUUCUCGCGCGCAAACCCGUACUACAUCGUUCCGCAAGGCCGAAUCACCGCGCUCACAAACGCAAAGGACGCCGAACGUCUUGCGUUGCUCAAGGAAGUCGCCGGCACGCAGGUGUACGAGACGCGUCGCACAGAGUCUUUGAAAGUCAUCACCGACUCGUCAGCGCGUCGCAAGGAGAUUGACGACUUGCUGCAGUUCCUCGACGACCGGCUCGGCGAGCUCGACGCUGAAAAGGACGAGCUUCGCGAGUACCAGGAGAAAGAGCGCGAGCGCCGCUGCCUCGAAUACACGCUCCAAGACCGCGAGCUAUCCGAGAUCAACAUGCAUCUUGAGCAACUUGAGGAAGACCGAGUGCGCAACUCAAACUCAAAUAACGACCGCAUGGCACUUUUCGCACAGCGCGACCAGGCGAUCCAGAAUCUAGAAAACGAAAUCUCGGCGCUCAAGCAGAAGAUGACGCUCGUCACUUCAGACUACGCACAGCUAGAAGAAGAGCGUACUGACCUGAUGCGCACGCAAGCGCAGCUCGAGCUUGAACUCAAGGACGCGCGCGAUAACGAGGAGGAUUCUGCCCGUGCGACCGCAAAGCGCCAGGCCGAUCUGGAGUCUGUGCUUGCGCAGAUUACAACCAAGGAGGCGCGACUCGAGGAACUCACUCCGUCUUUCGAAGCUGCUCGGCAGCAAGAGACUGAAGUCAAGCGACAGCUGUCGCAGGCCACUGAAGCCCAGCAGCGGCUCUACGCCAAGCAGGGCCGAAACGCUCAGUUUUCGACGAAAGCCGAUCGCGACAAAUGGCUUCGCAAGGAGAUAGACGACAUCAAAUCAACAAUUUCCCAGAGAGAGAGCAUCCGCGACGGCCUGCAGACUCAGCUGGAAGAGCUGACUACGCAGUUGGAGAAUGCUCGAUCGGCAAUUAAUGAAGCGCGAGCGACUCUGGAGUCCUCUCAGGGCCGACUGGAUGAUAUCCAGGCCCAGCAGACUGAGCAAAAGCGUCAGCGCGACGCACUUUUGGACGAGCGCAAGGCACUCUGGCGUGAGGACGCAAAGGCGAAAUCGGCAAGCGAAGGUGCACGCGACGAGCUCGAGCGCGCCGAACGUACUUUCUCAAGCACGAUGGACCGCGCGACGAGCCAGGGCCUCGCGGCAGUGAGGCAGAUUACAAAGACGAUGAACCUCACCGGCGUCUACGGUCCGCUCUGCGAGCUCUUUGAGGUCGACGACAAGUACAAGACGGCGGUCGAGGUCACCGGCGGCACGAGUUUGUUCCACGUCGUAGUCGACACCGACGCCACGGCCACGAUACUGAUGGAUACCCUGACGCGAGAGCGACUCGGUCGCGUCACUUUUAUGCCGCUCAACCGACUACGAUCAAAGCCCGUGAACUACCCCGAGUCCGACGAGGUCAUCCCGCUUAUCGCAAAGCUGCGGUAUGCGCCUGAACACGCCAAGGCGAUCGAGCAUGUUUUCUCAAAAACAAUUAUCUGCUGGAACCUCGACGCCAGCUCGCAGUACGCUCGCUCACACGGCCUCAACGCGAUCACUCUUCAGGGAGACCAGGCAAAUAAGAAAGGAGUUUUGACCGGAGGUUACCAUGACUCGAAGCGGUCUCGUAUUGACGCGGUGAAGAACCUGAGAUUCUGGCGCGAGUCGUAUGAAACCCUGCGGGCGCACGCAGCACAGAUCACGAAGGAGAUUGAGAAGAAGGAUCAGGAAGUCACGCAGACAGUCGGAAAUGGCAAGAAGCUUGAGCAGCAGCGCCAGCAGCUGAUUAUGAGCUUGGGUGACGUUCGCGAUAGUUUGCGGAAUAACAACGCUACCGAGAGCGCUCUGCAGGAGAAUAUCUCGUCGACGAAACAAAUGCUCGAGAGCACAGUGACAAACCUCGACAGUCUCGAAGUCCAACUUUCGACCUUAACUGCCGAGCUCCGCUCCAAAUUCGACAAAAACCUCAACGCGGAGGAAACUCGUACUCUCGCGACGCUCACACAGGAGAUCCAGGUCCUGCGUGCGCGCGACGCCGAGCUCUCUAACGUCCGCGCUGAACUUGAGCAGGAGAAAGUUCUCCUCGAGCUCGACCUCCGCCAGGUCCUCUACAUGCAGCGCGAUCAGCUGCGCGGCGAGAUCUUGGAGCAUAAUAUUGCGAGCGGGUCGCGCGGCGUGGAAGAGCUCGAGAGCGCGCUGGAGAGUGUGAUUUCCGGUAUCGCGACGAAUGCGCAAAAAAUUGAGGAGCUUGAGAACGAGGUCGAGGAGCUUGAAUCUGAAUUGUCUGGACGCGAGAGCGAGGUCGCGAAUCUGCAGAGCCAGCAGGUCGAGGACGUCAAGGGCAUCGAGCGCGAGCAAAAGGGUCUGGAGCGCGCGAUGGCGAAGCGCGGAAUCCUGCUACAGCGGAAAGAGGAGUUGAAUCGCAAGAUUCGCGACCUGGGCGCGUUGCCGGAGGAAGCGUUUGACAAGUACUCGCAGAUGAAGUCCGACACGGUCUUGAAGCGUCUGCACAAGCUGACGGAAGAGCUCAAAAAGUUCAGUCAUAUAAACAAGAAGGCGUUUGAGCAGUACACCAGUUUCACAAAGCAGCGCGACGGCCUGCUUGCGCGAAGACAGGAGCUCGACGUGUCGCUUGCUUCGAUCGAGGAGUUGAUUGAAGUCCUCGACCGUCACAAGGACGAGGCAAUCGAGCGGACUUUCAAACAAGUCUCAAAGGGCUUCGCCGAGAUUUUUGAAAAACUAGUCCCGGCCGGCCGCGGCCGUCUGAUCAUGCAGCGCCGAACCGACCUUGCAUCCGCAAAGGCCAACGCCGACGACGACGACAUGUCCUCGGACGAGGAAGAUUCGAACGACAAGGACUCUGUCGAGAACUAUGUCGGCGUUGCCAUCUCGGUCUCGUUCAACUCGAAAUCGGACGAGCAGCAACGCAUCGAGCAGCUCUCCGGCGGCCAGAAAUCCCUGUGCGCGCUCGCGCUCAUCUUUGCAAUCCAGCAAUGCGACCCCGCGCCGUUCUACCUCUUUGACGAGAUCGACGCGAAUCUGGAUGCGCAGUACCGCACCGCUGUUGCGGCGAUGAUUAAAGAGCUCGCGAGCGAGGGCGCAAAGGAAGGCGGCAGUGGCGGACAGUUUAUCUGCACGACGUUCAGGAACGAAAUGAUUUAUGUCGCGGAUAAGUUUUAUGGCGUCUUGUUCAAUAACAAGAUCUCGAGUAUCGCGUCCAUCACGAGAGAGAACGCACUCACUUUUGUCGAGGGCGAGCAGACUCGGUAGUGGUUUACUUUUGUGGCUUUAGGGUAUCGUAUUUGUGUGGUUGCUUUUUUAGUCUUGCUUACUUGUUUGCUUGUUUGUUUUGUUUUGUUUUCGCGUGUCUUCUGGGUUGAUCGAAGUGUGUAAGCUAAUAUAUGAAUGUAAUGC